AUGCAUAGAAUCUUAUUGGAGGAAGAUAGCAAGCCAUCUAUAGAGGCUCAGAGAAGACUCAAUCCAGCUAUGAAGGAGGUUGUACUUGAGAAGAUCCUUAAAUGGUUGGACGUCGGGGUGAUCUACCCAAAAUUUGAUAGUGCUUGGGGUGUGCAAUUUGAUUUUAAUGGAGAUUGUUUAAAAGCUUUCCAAACGUUAAAAGAUAAGCUAAUUUCUGCACCAAUAGUUGCUACACCAAAAUGGGACCUUCCAUUCGAAUUGAUGUAUGAUGCUAGUGACUGUGCAGUUGGGGCAGUCUUGGGUCAAAGAGUUGAUAGAGCCUUUCAUACUAUUUAUUAUGCAAGCAGAACGUUGAAUGACACUCAGUUAAACUGUGCCACCACAGAAAAGGAACUGCUUGCAAUAGUGUUUACCUUUGAUAAGUUUCACCCCUAUCUCGUUGGAAAUAAGGACAUAGUGUACACUGAUCAUUCAGCAAUAAAAGAUAAGAAAGGAACAGAGAAUUUGGUAGCAGACCACUUAUCGAGGUUGGAGGUUGCAGAGACACUGAGUAUGAAAGAAGUGCAGAUAAAUGAUAGCUUCCCCGAUGAGCAAUUAUUUGCAAUCAGAGGAGAGAAUCGAUCCUCUACAAGCAUUUUGCCGAUCAAAUCAUUUGACAUUGUGUACCUGAAGAAGAAAUGUAUUCCAUAUUUUCUCAUUGCCACACGCUGCAAUGUGGAGGGAAUUUUCGGGGCAAUAGAACAGCAGCCAAGGUACUCUAAUUGGGAUUCUUCUGGCCUAGUCUUUUUAAAGAUGCUCAUAACUUCGUCAAGGCAUGUGAUCAUUGCCAAUGCACCGUCAUCAUACAACAAUCUUUAUAUAUUGCUUGCUGAUGAUUAUGUAUCAAAGUGGGUUGAAGCAGUAGAAACACCAGCUAACGACAGUAAAACGGUUCACAAAUUCCUUCAGAAUUUUAUUUUUACUCGGUUUGGAACUCCUAGAGCUAUAGUUAGUGAUGAAGGGAGCCAUUUCUGUAAUAAUCAAUAUGAUGAAUUGUUGUCUCUAUACGGUGGGUGA